UGGACCGCUCCUGGCGGCCGCCUGCAGCCCUCUGCAUCCUCAGCCAGCCUUUCUCCUGUGUCCCAGUGCACGUGUGGAACAAAAGAGAAGACAGAGUAUUGGUAGUGAAAUCGGCUCACCCAGAUUCCUGAAACUUUCUAAGGGCAUGUUGUACCCGGAGUCGGGGUUCCUCCAUAGCAAGGUCACAAAUAUCCUUGGUGGCACAUUUCCAUAGUCUUUUUCAGGUACAAGCUGUGUGAUGCCUGAAGCCUGAAUUAGCUCAACACAAGUCAGCCUCUUUGUAGAGUAAGCCCAGCUAAGUUAUCAGGACUGGGAUGGAAGAGUCAGCACAGGUGGAAAGCCAGGGUCAGCUCCCAAGCCCCCACCAUGGCUCACUGAGAAGAGCAGUGGCUGCUGCCCUGGCCCUGGAUGGGGAAUCCACAAUGGGCCGCAGGAAGAAGAAGAGGAAAGAGUCUCGCCCGGAGUCCAUCAUCAUCUACCGGUCAGAUAAUGAGAAGACGGAUGAGGAGCCGGAAGAUUCUGAAGGUGGAGAUCGGCCUAAAGAGGAGGAGGGGGAGGACUUCCUGGACUAUCCUAUAGAUGAUGGUGUGUGGAACGUGCCUUUGGACAGCCGCUACGUCACACUAACGGGGACCAUCACACGAGGGAAGAAAAAGGGUCAGAUGGUGGAUAUCCAUGUCACUCUGACACAGAAGGAGCUGCAGGAACUGACCAAACCCAAGGAGCUGUCAAGGGAAGUGGCACCUGAGGGUAGAAGGGCCUGCCAGGUUGGGGCAGAUCAGGGGCCACAUGUGGUCCUCUGGACACUGGUCUGCCUACCUGUGGUCUUCGUCCUUUCUUUUGUCGUGUCUUUCUACUACGGCACUAUCACCUGGUACAACAUCUUUCUUGUGUACAGUGAGGAGAGGACCUUCUGGCAUAAGAUUUCCUGCUGUCCAUGCCUCAUUCUCUUCUAUCCAGUGCUCAUCAUGGCCAUGGCCUCUUCCCUGGGGCUCUAUGCCGCCGUGGUCCAGCUCUCAUGGUCCUGGGGAGCAUGGUGGCGAGCUGCCUGUGACAUGGAGAAAGGCUUCUGUGGCUGGCUCUGCAGCAAGUUGGGUCUGGAGGACUGUUCUCCCUACAGCAUUGUGGAACUGCUGGAGUCUGAUAAUAUCUCAGGCAGUCUCUCCAACAAGGACCCCAUCCAGGAAGUAGAAACCUCUACUGUCUAAACCGCCAGUGAUUCCUUCCAGGCCCUAAUAAGAACAUAGUCAUUCUCCAGUUCUAGCAUAGUCAUUCUACAGUUCUUAAGCUACCCAAUACCCUCUGCAGUCCUGGAAAAUCCUUGCACACACUACAGUGUCCCACCAUCUUCGUUAUCCCAAGAGGAUGGGAAAUAGAAAAGCGACUGGUGCCAAAGCAGUUCAUCUGAAAUGCUUCUUGACUCUUUGCCCUAAAAUGACUGUUUAUGAGGGCUAUGAAGAUAGAGUGGAAAUCCCUUCAGGGGCCUGAAGGUGUUAUUGGUGCCGGUAACCGGGGAGAGUGUGUGCCUAAAUGUGACAGAAAGCAAAAAGAUGCUCAGGGGUGACUGAAUCCACGAAGAAAAUAGAUAAAGAUGGAAUGCCACAUUUAGGGAGCCAGGCUCCUAUUCUAAAGACUGUGUGCAUCACUUAUGGGUAGAUGGAACUGCAUAUAAUUAAAGCCCCGAACAUCAAUGAGCUAAACAAGAAACACACUUCCUUUUUAUGUAGGUGUCCGGAGGCAGACCAUUCCAAGACCCUAUGAAAUUAUCUGGGUCUCCCUGGAUGGUGGGAUGUGGCCCUCAGUGCUCUUCUCUUCAGUUUCCGAAUGCUGACUACAUCUCCGGCAUAGCGAGUUCCAGAAACCGUGUUUCUGGAAGACAACCAGCCAAGGAACCAAACGAAAGUUUGAAGCAAAGAAGCCCAGCUGACCUGUUUAAGGAGGCUUCAAGGAAGUCUCCCAUCGAUAUUUACUAUAUCUCCUUGGCCACACUAUAGUCGCGUGACCUCACAGUCAAAAGAGGCUGAAAAAAAUGUAAUCUUUUUAUCUGGGUAACUAUAUUCUUAGACGAAUACUGAAUACUGGGGUUAUGUGAAUUUGAGAGAGAAAAAAAAGGGAGAUAAUGGCUAUUUGGUAGGCAAGAAUCAACAUCUUACGAUAGGUAUCAUUCAGAAUUCCGAACUACUAAUGGGCCUCUAUUUAUUUGUUUGUUUAUUCGUUUAGUUAUUUCGGCCCUAGUCUUACACAGAGAAUUUAUACAUAGAGAUGAAGUACAUACGCUAUGCAUUAGAUAGUAGCACCUCGUGUAUUUGGCAACUUACCUUUGGUCAUGUGGUUUCAGGGUUCUCUAGAAAGACCCAUUAGAUAGGAGCAUACAGUCAUAUAGUCACAGUACAGUUCUUCCUGGGAAGGAAGGGGGAACAGGGAUUGGCAAUAUUUAAUCUAUAAAGAUGGAGAUGAGAGAGAGAGACAGAGAACAAGAAUGAGAGCAUCUGUCAAACGCCAACCCAGCAGGGAUCAGUAGCUCAAAGCACAAACCACAUUUAGCUUGUGGUUUCACCAAACCCAGAAGCCUUAUUUGCUCGGACCUUUCUAACACGAAGCUUCUGACAGGACAAGUAGGAAUGUAACAGACAAAGCCAGAUGAAAAGAGUCUGGAUUGGAGAAACAACAACUUCAUUUUAAGAGUGCCCUGAUUUCAAAAUGUCAAGUCCUGUGAGGUCAGUGAGAAUUGGGGUUUGGAUUUUUAAAAGAAGGGGUGAUGAUCAUUUUUCUUGUCUCAGAAAGAAGUGUUCUGAAGAAGUUGCUCUGAACUGAACCAACCAGAGGAGUUGAUCAGGCUCCCCCAUAGCCAGCCAGAAGCAUUCAUUUAACGUAUGGUGCUGAACUCUACUUUCAGAGAAUUAAAAAAAAAAAAAAUCCUGUUAUUAGUUUAAUCAGAAGAAAAAAAAUGUGUCCAGUAUUUUUGAAGAUAGCUAUGGUGCUUUCUGGUGCAUUUCCAGAGAUAUGAAUAAUUUAAAUGGAAAUAAAGAUAAUAA